UAAGAUAACUUCCUCAUUAGCAGCGUUAGCUUCAAAGUCCUCCACAGUCCAGCGGUAGUCCUCAGUAAAGGCUGCUCACCGUCUGCUCUCUCAUUUGUCUUCGAGCCUCACAUAUGUCUAAGCCUCCUCCUAAACCGGCCAAGCCAGGCCAAGUCAAGGUGUUCAGAGCGAUGUUCACCUUCGAUCCCAGAACACCAGAUGAGUUGUACUUUGAAGAAGGAGACAUUUUGUACAUCUCAGACACGAGCGACACUAAUUGGUGGAAGGGGACAUGUAGAGGGAGGACGGGACUGAUUCCAAGUAACUAUGUGGCCGAGCAGGCAGAAUCCAUUGAUAAUCCAAUGCAUGAAGCAGCCAAAAGAGGCAACAUAAGCUGGCUGAGGGAAUGUCUGGAGAACAAGGUUGGGAUAAACGGGCUGGAUAAGGCAGGAAACACUCCCCUCUACUGGGGAUGCCACGGAGGACAUAGAGAUGUGGUGGAGUUGUUGCUAGGCCAGCCCAAUGUGGAGCUCAACCAGCAGAAUAAACUUGGGGACACACCGCUGCACGCUGCCGCCUGGAAAGGUUAUUCUGACAUCGUGGAAAUGCUACUUAACAAAGAUGCGAGGACAGACCUCAGAAACAACGAGAAUAAACUGGCUCUGGAGAUGGCCACCAACGCCCAGUGUGCUUCACUUCUCAAAAGGAAGCAGGGAAGCAACGUCACCCGCACACACAGCAACGCUGAGGAGUAUUUGGACGACGAGGACUCGGACUGAGCCAUCUUCCGGCUCAGUUAGAUUGUCUUCCACUGGUUUUCUGGAGAAGAGGGUUAUAUUAUUUUUUUUUUUUUUUUGGUUUUUGUUUGUUUUCUGCAAGUCUAAAACGAGUUAUUUG